AUUUUCCCCGAAAUGACAUUUCGAAAAUGUUUUCCGAAGCCGAAUACAAUAGUGUCGAGCGCAGCGCCUACUCUUGGCGGGAAAAUUCCGACAGCGGAUCGGAGAUUUCUCGAUCGGACAUUGAAAUUGCUUCGACCCUUUCUCUGUGUAUCUCUUUGGUCACCUCCAUCCUUCACCAUCGAAGCACUGGAAGAAGAAUCAGAGGAGAGAGAAAGGUCCCCUUUGGUGCGUCGAAGCAACGAUGGGAUGGAACCAUCCGGAGAUCGGAUUGGAAGAGAUGGUGAAGCUUGUGAAAGGGUUUUUCGAUAUACUGAUUCUGUCUUCUGGGUAUCAAUCUUCUGGACUUGUAGCUCAGUGGGACGCUCACAACGUCAAGAGGGCGUUCAGCUGGGCCCUCUUCUUCGAACGAGUAUUAUCUGAACUGAAGAGCUCAGACUAUUACGUCGAAUCUGUUGACGAACUCGAUGCAGCUCUUUCUGAACUGAAAUCGCAGGCUUCAUUCCCUCAGGGUUUAGCAAACAUAUCAUCAGAUACUCUACUUCGGGCCAGAAGCCUCAUUGUUGAGCACAUGAUCCACACCUUGCCAUUGAGAGAUGCACAUGUGAAAGCAGUUCUGACGGCAGUAGUUGAAAUGGAUCUCGAUGCCCUCCCAGAAACUGCACAAGAUGGGCUGGGUAGAUAUCUGAACAAGUUAAGCUUGCAGAAUAACUCCGACGACUCCUUCCAAGAUUGUGCUUACUCUGAGAAGAAUUCAGAUAUGGGAAUCGGAAAUUUGAAUAGUUAUGACUGGACAAGCACAAGCAUCCAAGAGCUUUCAAGGAGGCAGUCUGCAGUUUUGAGCAUAUCGUCUUUGCAGAAGAGCUUGUCUGUUUUCUCUAGCACUAUUGGAAACGGUGGUUCUUUCCAGGUCAGCAGCAGCAUGCUAAGAGAACAGCCAAAGCACAAAAAGUUUUCAGUGAGUGAAGAUGAAAUGGCUGAGUUCAUUACCUUCAAUAGGUGGAAAUCGAAGAAUCUCUUGUAUUUUCUUGAUAAAAGAACUAUUAGAUUGGUCUCUGGGGUCAGCAUGAUGUUUUCUUCUCCAAAGAACCAGUGGUUACGGGUGUUCGAGUGCUUGGCUAAAUUGGAAAAUUUGCAUGAGAGAGUGGAACUCUUGAUAUUAGGGUGUGUUGUAGACAGAUGGACCAACAUAAUUAAACAUUUCCAGUCGGUUUCUUUUGAUUGUCUCACUACAUUGGAUCGAUUCUCCGAAGUCCACAACUUGCUUCUUGGAAGACCUCAGAGACCACUAAUGAGAGAGGAAAGUGUGAAUUUGAAGGAGCGCGGCGUUCUCGAUCAUCUGACGGAGCUACUGGGCUGUCAAUCCCAUGUGCUGUGGAAACUAUCCCCUGCUCUUUUAGCAGCUGCUAUUCCUUCUUGGUCAACCAUUUUUAGAAUCUAUCUGAACCAGAUAGGGAUCCACCUCAAAGGCGAAUCAGCGACAUUAAGAUACUGUGGUUGUAAUGAAGAAAGAAAGGAGCACCGAGAUUGUGAACUCGCUGAGAGGAUUUGGUGUCUCUAUGCCUUCCACUUCUCCAGUUCUCUCGUAAAUGGUGAAUGAUAUUGUCUUUCUUGUGCUGACCUUCAUUGAUAGCCUCUGGCUCAAGUUGUUCCAUCAACAGCUUGUACAUUUCUUGGCAGCGGGAAAUGGCAUUAUAUUUUGACAACGCAAGCAAAGCAAAGGCCAAAGUUCUAGCAUUACUUUAUCCUUUUCAAGCUCGGACAACAAUUUUGCCGUGGAACUUUCGACUAACUUAACUCAAUAGGAAAAGGGCAUUGAUUAAAGAUGAUUGGUUUUAUAGUAGUGAAGGCAUACUGCUCCAGGAUCAAGCGGAUGGUGGAAUGAGAACCUUUUUUUGGGUGGAAGGACAAGAAAGCAGAGUGCGUCGAGAAGAAUUUCCUCUCAAAGACUAGUCGUGAUCAUAUGGGGUUCCAGUGCUUAGAAAGAGGGGUUAUCGGGGAACAUCGCAUAUCGGUAUAUUUCUCUCUUGUGGGGGGUGGUCUAGGCGGCAAUGUUGCCGGAGAACAUUCUCUCCGAUUCUCCCACUCCUUUCUUUUGGGACAAAGCCGAACCCAGGAAUAUAAUUAAGGCAGGAAUCGCUGAACCGGUCGCAUUGUCAUCGGUCUCGAGCCUUCUUCCCAGAAACCGGUUAUUGGUAGUGUUCUACGUCACAGUUUAUAAUUACGGUGCGUUUGGUUUCAGAGUUAAAAGUAAUUUUGAUUUUGAUUGUAGAAAAGGACAAAUAUUGUGUAAU